CCUUGCCCGGAAGGAAAAUGGCGGCGCCGGCUUCACCCCGUUCCCGCUCCGAGGCCUUGCCCGGCGCUGCGCGGGGGCGACGGAGCCGAGCGGGGGCCCCGGCGAGGACCGGAGCGGCGGGGACGGCGGCCUAGAGAGCCUGGCGGGGCAGCAGAGACCGGCUGGGGAAGCUACCACGCGCCCUCUACUUUCCUGGUGGCGGUUCUGGCCUCCGUUUGGGGCGCCAUGAUGGCAGAAGUCCCAGCCUUCUGAGCUCAGAAUGCUGGUGCUGGCCGCAGCCCUUCGCUUAGGACCCCGGGACCAUGGCUGAGAAGAGUUUCACCCGGGCUCUCAGCGCUUCCCUCCGCAGCGAAGAUCUCCUAAGUGACGUGGAGCUGCUGCCAGCCUCGGACCCCCCCACCCCUGGGCAGCAGGUGCCUUCUUCUCAGCCGGCCACCCCGUACACCUCCAACGUGACCACCCAGCUCUACGCCUCCCUUCGCCAGAGCCGGCAGGCCGAGGCGCUGGCUUUGUCUAGGCUGGAGGACCAGCACGGCUCGGCCCUGGCUAGGAAAGCCGUGGAGGCCGACGUCGAUCUGGACACGCUAGCGGAAGAGCUUAGCCACCGGCUUUCCGCCAGCGUGGAAGCCAGUGCAUUUAGACAGGGUGCCGUGCCCGAAUCCCGCCACAUUUCCGAGAUGGAGAAUGUCCGGUGCCACCUCCAGAGUAUGUUGCGAGGAUCCAGAGAUGGGCCUGGGGGUCCGACGGCCACGCUGGAGUCCCUGGAACGCAAAGAUGACGACUCCUUUGAAAGCGACAGCACGGGCGUUCUGCUCAACGCCCGUCCUCUGCACGAGGUCUCCCCUCCGGGAUCCCUGGCCAGCUUUGAGGAGCUGUUCCCGCGCUACACCAGCCUGCGCCUGGGUCACUUCCACGAUCAGGUCUCGCAACCGGAUCCCCGCUUGCUCAAAGACGCUUUGGAGAAAGAACAGGCCCGGCGGAAACACUGCGAGAGGCACAUCCAGGCCCUCCAGAACCGUACCCUGGAGCUGCAGCAACAGCUGGCGGUGGCCCUCUCGGCCGACCAGAGGAAGGACAGCAUGAUUGAGCAGCUGGAUAAGACUUUGGCCAAAGUGGUGGAAGGCUGGAACCAGCAGCAGGCCGAGCGGACGGUGGCCCUGCGCAGGUUGCAGGCCGAGAAGGAGGCGGCAGAGCAAGGGCUGGGCAAGCAGAAAGAGAAAAUGUCGGACCUAGAAGGACGUCUCCAGCAGGCCUUGUCCGCCCUCAGCCGGGAACAGCAGCUGGCCAGCCAGUACUACAGGGAGAAGGAGAUCUUGGAGAAGGAAAAGUCCAGUCUCUCCUGCAGCUUGGAGGCCGAGCGUGUCCGGGCCCAGAGCCUGGAAGCCGAGUGGGAUUCGGACCGGCGCCGGCAGGACGCUCUGCGGGCCACCCUGGAGGAGCAGCAGAGGAGCUGGGCCCAGCGGGAGAAACAGCUGGAAGAGCAGCGCCAGACGGCGCAGGAGGAGAGCCGGCUGCAUCUGGAGAAGGAGAAGAUGGUGGCCCAGCGGGAAGCUCAGAAGGCUCUGGACGUCCAACAGGCGUUGGCCAAAGUGCAGGCCGAAAUGCCGGGCCUGCAGGCUGACCUGGAGGCAGCACGGCGCGAGAGAGACUCCUUGAAGAUGGAGCUGAGCUUGCUGAAGGCCCGUUUUGAGGCCCAGAAGGCCAAGCUGGAGUCAGAGCUGAAGGUGGCCUUGGAGCAGCGCGUGACUGAGCGCCUGGCCGAGGUUCACGAGGACAGCCUGCGCCAGAUGAGCGCCAUGCGGGAACAGCACAGGAAGCAGUUGCUGGAGCUCGGCAGCCACCACGAGAAAGAGUUGGCCAAACAGCUGGCUCAGUUCAAGGCAGAUCUGACCGAGAAGGAGGCCCAGCAGAAGCACCUCACUGAGGACUAUGAACAUAGGAUGUCCAAACAGCAGGAAGAGCUGCGGGAGCUGAGGAGCAGGUACCGGCACCUGGAGGCUCAACGGGCCGAGAUGGUCAGCCAGUUCCAGGCCAUGAUGCAGGCCCAUUGGAACGAGGCCCUGCGGCUCUUCGCCACCAGCCGUGCCCCCCUGCAGCCCUCGCCCAAAGCCCCAUGCCAGGAAGCUGACGCAGACCCCCCCUCCGCGUCAGAAUUUCUGCCCCCCUCGGACCCUGUGAAGAGGACCGCGAAGGGGGAGGCCCUCUGCAGCACUCCGGGCAUGGGCGACUGCAAGGAGCUGGGGUGGGCCAAGGCGGUGCCACUGCAGCCCGUCCUCCAGCAGCAGACCCGGUUGCAGGGGCUCUCCGAAGGAGCCGAGAAGCGCCCGCGGGAGUCUUCCCGGCACUUUCUGCCCCUGGUGCCGGACGCGGGGCGCCUCUCCUCCGAAUUCAGCCACAUCCUCAACUCUAGCCUGCUCAGCCAGCAGGGCUUCCAGCAGCUGGACCCCCAGGUGGACACCACCGUUGCCGGAGCAGGUUUGAAUUUCCACCCAGAAAACCUAGCCGAGCACCCCUUUGCGGACGAGAGGGACGGCUCCAGCCCUGAGCUGGCCGGGAACGAGAGCGAGCUCACUCAGCCCAGCACUGGGGAGAGUGGGGCGCAGGGCCCGCAGCCGGACCUGAACUACUACAUGCGUCUGCUUCUGGCCCACUCCGACUUCGAAGGAAGCCCUCCGCGUCAGGAGACGUCUGCCACGGACAGCCCACCCCGUACCACGAAUCGGACCCAGAUCGGUAACUCGCAGUCUUACCACGAACGGUCCACGGCCCUCUGGGAUCCGGCGCAGCCCUCGGUCAGCACCAUUCGCAUCCAGCCCCCCAGCACUGCCGCCGUCCACAAAACCAAAGUCGCUCUGCCCAAAUCGGGACCCGUCUGCUUCAGCCUGGAACCAGUGAGUCCCUCCAAACAGAACGUUGCCCACGAGGAAGGGAUCCUGUCUCCCAAACACGUGGCCGCCGUCUCCCUCCUCCUGAAGCAGCACCAGGCCAAGGGGAGGGCCGUGCCCUCCGCGGAAGAGCUGUACAGAUACUUACACAGGAUAGGGCAAAACGGUCCAGAAACCAAAGGCGACGGGAGCCUGCCGGCCCGCCGGAACCUCGAUCCCAAAUUGUCCGAAUCGAUGAGGAAAGAGGGCCCGCCCAGGCGGCGGGCGGGGAGCUCGGGGCCUGGCCACGAGAAGACCCAUGCUCCUGGGAAGACGGGGAAGAAGCUAUCCGGGUCGUUGGCCUCCCACUCCCGGAGCAGCAGCAGCAGCAGCCGGGGAGGAACCGUGUGGCGGUAGCAUCCCGGCGGCUGGACCCUUCCUCUCUCCCACCCCCUGGUCUGUUUUGCCCGCGGGAUUGACGCAGGCGGGCGACAGCCGCCGCUUUGCCGUCCUCCACCGCAGCUAGGAAUGCAAAACACUGCCCGUCCCUCCAAAUAAGGCCGAGAAGGAAAGCUUGCGUCGCUUUGGCUAGAAUCGGAGUGACAACUGAGCGGGGUCCGUUGGUGGAUAAUGGAGCAUAGAUGCUGCUUGCCAGGACCCACUUCCGGCGAUCUCCGACUCUCCUCCGUCGGGAUUUCUCCUCCUGCGGUCCCUUCGCUGCCGUCCGUUUGCAGAAGACGUCCGGCCGCUUCUCCUACUAUGGCAGAGGUCUCCCGACCUUGGCCACUUUAAGACUGGUGGACUUCAACGCCCACAAUUCCCCAGCCAGCUCUCUCUUUUUUUUUUGUUUUUCCACUUUGCCAAAAGCAAGAUAUAUUACGUCGACCGCAUACCUGCUAUCUAUUAAGGAAGUUAUCCUAUAAAACAGGGGUCUUCCAACUUGGCCCUUUGAUGACUUGUGGACUUCAAUCCCAAGUUGGAAGACCCCUGCUUGCGGACUUCAACUCCCAGAAUUCCUCAGCCAGGCACGCCAGCUGAGGAA